AUGCGGCCAUUGGGAGGUCGAAGAACGGCGAGGUGCUUUAACUUCGCAACUGCAAAACGAAAAUGCUACUCCCAAAAGCCGCCAACCACCACAAAACCAUUCCUCGCAACCGACUCGACACCUCUCGCCGAUGCUGAUCCCGCAUCAUCCGUCGAAUCACAGCCUGGACUUACUCCCCCUCAGCAAAACCCUCUAUCCAAAAAUGACAUCUCUCCCCGACCACGUCGCGAACUGCCCGUGUCGCCGCUCAUGGAUCCGGCCUUCCUCCAAGCCAAACAAGCCCCCCAUACUAUGAAAGCGAAGCCCAGCAACGAUUCUACCGAACUCCAGCAGCAGCUUCUGAAAAAUCCCUAUGCUCUCGCCCUAGCAUCUCCGCUGCGGAAGUGCCAAAUGACCGAUACUCUCUUGCCCAGGUUUUUCCUUCAAGGCUUCUCUCUCGUCGCCGACCCUGAGACUGGCAAAUCAUACUAUACACCUCGAGAUGCAAAGGAGAAAAAAUCUUGUGGGCCGGUAACUUAUAUGCUCGCCCAACAGCCGCUGGUGGCUCGCAUGCACGACAAUCUCUCUGGGUAUGGAAAGAAUCCUCAGAUCCGCCUUCUAUCCAAUCGAAUAAAGCAACAUCCUGAUGCUAUGCAACUCUACCAAAAGGCGGAGUUUAGAUGUGAUAUGGACACUAUUCUAUUGGAGCGUAGCAGAAGACGUGUAUGCGAUUUGCUGCUCAGUUUGCUGAAGUUAAAACGAGGAUACAUGACAGGCUUUAAGAACUGGGAUGAUUUAAAGUCAUAUAGUCGUCAGGCCGCGGUGGUAUUAUGGAUUGGAGGUGAUGGAGACGCAGGGGAGGCGUCCAUUGUUCCCGGUGAAUUUGCAACCGUAUUGUUCCCCUCGUCAGAAACAAAAAUGUCACGCGAAAUACCAGUCCAUAAUCUGAGUAGCUUGUUAGGAGAGGAAAAGCUAGACGAUCUCCGAAAUGCGGCUUCUUCCACCAAGUCGAAGGGCGCCGAUGAGAACAAGGGCGGCAUAUUCCAUAACCCUAUCAUUAGUAUCAAAGCUCGCAAUAUGACCACCCAACUUCAAGUCGAGCUUUGGUGGUUACAGGGAUACUUGGCCAAACACGGGUUUUCGUAUUAA